CAGCGUCAAAGCUCUGCCCGCUUGGGAGAGACACACAGAGAUCACCAAGGUGCAAACACACCGACAGUAAAGAUGACAGUGGAAAGGUUAUUUGAAGAGUAUGGACAUUUCAAAAGGUUUCAGAUUUGCCUGUAUUUUGCUGUAGUCUUCCAGGCCAUAGCAUGUGGAAUCCACUACCUUGCUUCAGUUUUCCUAGUUCAGACUCCAAACUUUGUGUGCAGCGUGCCAGGCAACAUCACUGAUGUCCUCUACCAUAACAUAUCAGGAUCCAGUCUGGAAAGUAUCUUGCCAGUUGUCAAGCCAGCAGACGGGCCCUUGGUGGUUAGAACGUCUGAGGGGGAGCAGUGGGAGCUCAGCCGGUGCCUUUUUGCCCUACGCAUUGACCCUCAAGACUUUACAUACGACUUUAAUGGCAACAAAACCAAUAAAGAAUGCAGUGGGAACUUCGUUUAUGACCACAGUGAAGUUCACCAAAGCAUUGUGACAGAAUGGGACUUGGUGUGUGAAAAGGAGUGGCUGGCCAAGAUGUGCCAGCCAACAUUCAUGCUUGGAGUGCUGAUUGGAGCUCUGCUGUUUGGGGACAUUGCUGACAGAAUUGGUCGAGUGAAGAUCCUGAUGUUCACAAGCCUGUGUCAGUUUGGACUUGGGGUGGCUGUGGCGUUCUCUUUGAACUACUACUUUUUUGUGGUGCUUCGCUUUCUGCUGGCCAUGGUGUCCAGCGGCUACCUGGUUGUUGUAUUUGUGUAUGUGACAGAGUUCACUGGCAGCAAGGUGCGCACGUGGACCUCCAUGCACAUCCAUGCAGCCUUUGCAGUCGGCAUCAUGGUGGUAGCUUGGACCGGUUACCUGGUCCGAGUCUGGUGGAUAUACCAGAUCAUUCUCUCCAUAUGCACCUCACCCUUUCUGCUCUUUUGCUGGAAGUUCCCUGAGACCCCUUUCUAUUUAAUGGCCAAGGGCCGUUACAAAGAGAGUCAGGCCCUGCUGGAUGCGAUUGCCGACUUCAAUAGACUUGAGUGCCAACUCAAGGUGGAGGAUCUCCUGGAGAAGUCUGAGAAUAGCAAAGCACUACUAGAGAGGGAGGAAGAUGAGAGGCCUGCGCAACCAGAAAAGAAGCUAUCCAUCCUGGACCUGUUUGGUAGCUGGAGGAUGGUGGGCCGAACGUGCACAGUGUGGGCCAUCUGGUUUAUCGGCAGUUUGGGCUACUAUGUCUUCUCUCUAGGCUCAGUCAAUCUGGGAGGAAACCAGUAUGUUAAUCUUUUCCUGGCUGGUGCAGUGGAGCUCCCCUCUUAUCUGAUCGGCUGCUUUGCAAUGGACCGGAUUGGGAGGAAGAAGACAUGUGCUCCGGCUCUGCUCCUGGCUGGGGUUGCUUGCAUGCUCAUCAUUGUGGUUCCGGCUGAAAUACAGUCUCUGGCUGUUGUUCUCAGUAUGAUCGGAAAGUUUGCUGUAGCGAUUGCCUUUGGUCUUAUCUAUUUGUACACCUGCGAGCUUUACCCAACUGUAAUCAGGUCCCUAGCAGUAGGUAGUGGCAGCAUGAUGUGUCGUGUUGGCAGCGUUGUGGCUCCUUUCUGUGUUUACCUGGUUGACGUCUGGGUUUAUCUACCUCAGCUCAUUGUGGGAAUUCUGGCAUUCAUUAUUGGAGUGCUGACGUUGCUCUUACCUGAGACCUUGGGCAAACCUCUCCCCACCACCAUAGAAGAGGCCAAGUCUCUUGGACAAGACCCCAGUAAGAAGAAGUCAACACCUGGCAACAAAGACGCAGAGGAUGGGAUGGAGCUAAACCAGCACAAAGUUAAGGCCUAAGCCUUUUUCGCUUCUGGGUAACCAUGGCAAAGUUUUGGAGGGAAAGAACUGAUGAAUCACAGACAAGUGAACAAUCACUGGUUUACUGGAUUGGUUGAAAAUGGGAAAAAAGAGCUUUUGUCAAAAUGCUUGAAAUUAGUUUUUUUUGUUGACAUUUUGUCUUACAAAGUGACCAACAUUUCAAUAUGAAACAGGAUCCUGAGAACUUUUUAACUUAACCUCAUCUGCUUUCAUAUAUGAUUCAUUGUGUGAUCAAUGAAACAGUAUGUAUGUGUGAUGUUUAGAUAAGUGUAUUUGAGACCACAGGAAAAUGACUCAUACUUCAAGUUUUAGAUCAGUUUUAGUCUGAUUUUUGUACUUGCCGCAGAGUUUUAAAGACUAUAAUGAUAAGAUUAAUAGCCCUGCCUACAAAAUGAUGUUUAUUGUCAUUAGCUUAGUUGAAACAAAACAGACUGUUGCUUUGCCAAUUAGUUAUUUGACAUUUUAAGAUACAUAUUAUAGUUUAGAGUUUGCCUAUUAGUACUGUGUAUCAUAAUAGGAAGAGAAGUGCCUUUUUUGUUCUAAAGACUUUUUUAACCUACUUAUCAAUCUCAGGGCAUUCAGACUACUGUGAAACGUACAUCCUAAAAGUAUUACAGUUUAACAUCAAUUUGACAGCCUCAUUUCUUCCUUGGCCAUGAUGCCAUUGAAUGGUUUACUUUAGAACCUAAUAUGAGUUGUAUGUGUGAGUGUGUUUUGUAGUUUUAACUGUUGUCGAAAACAUUGAAGUCGUUCACAUGCUUAUAUUUCUACCUAUAUGCUAGACAUACUCAACGAAAUACACGUCAUUACUGCGUGUUCAGGAGUCAGGUUAUAAUCUCCAGAUGUUUGGACCAAAUCCAGGAACAAACUGCUAUAGUGAGGUGAUGUACAGCCUCCUAACCAUAGAGAACAUUACAGGGUUAAAUCUUGAAAUGGAAGCAUUGGUGCUCAGAAGUCAGUUCGACAAUCAUGGGAAUAUAUUUUUUUCAUGAAUAGCUUCUUUGCUAUUUUGUUGUCAAAAUGGAACAGUAACUGUCUAACAUCGUAGCUGCAGACCUCAUGACCACAGUGCAUUUAUUAUUCAGUUUUAUUUAUUUUUCUGCUUUACGAAACAUAUUUUACAGUGAUACUGAGAAGAGAAAAUGAAUCUAAAUAAAGACUGUUUUAUAAUAAUCACAUUCACAACUUGUUUCAUUGUCCUCUGAAGUGAAGAACUAUACCUGUACAGUGAAGUUAUUUACAAGCUCUUCUGUGACCAUCUCACCUACUCACAUAUAUAACUCAAUGUUUCCUGUUUGUCCCUGGGGACAAGCUUCAACUGUAGCCGCACUUGUACCACCCUGUCUGUACCACCCUUUACAUAAAGCAAAUCUUUGUAUUCAG